AUGCAUCGCCAUUCGCGCACAGCUUCAACUGGCAUUGCAAAUAUGAAGAGACCGCAGAAUACAAAAGCUGCUGCUCAGAGGCUAGCUCAGGUUAUGGCUCAUCAAUCAGCUAAUGAUGAUGAAGAGGAGGAGGAUGACCUUAUGUACGACUACAGCCCUAGAAUUCCGUCUGCUGGAGUAGGACUUGCAGGUGGAAGGCCAACUGGACACCGUUCAACAAUGCAGCCUUCAUCAGUUCGUACCUCUGUAGAACCACCACCAUCUGCUCAUUCAAUAUCAGGUGCAAGAACAUCUGCGACUAUCAACUCUGUUGAACAGAAACUGUCAUCAGCUCGUUCAACUUCCUCACUUCUUGGAUCAUCUCAAAACAAGUCUGCAGAACAACUUUCAUCUGCCUACUCUUCUGGGGCUGGUCGUUCAUCUGAUCCCACAGACUCAGUUGAAGAAGCACAACCGCCAUCUGCUUGCUCUAAUAUUGGAAAAUCAGCUUCUUCUGUCAACCUUGCGGAACAACCUCCAUCUGCUCGAUCUGUGGCCAGUGUCCGUCCAAAUUUAGGAGGCAAGACUGCCUUCAUGGUACCUCCAAGUGUACCUCUGUCAGUCAAGCCAGCAGUAUCUGGAAUUCCAGCCGAGACUCAACCUGAUAAAAUUAGAGACAAAAGAACCACCUCUUGGUAUCUUGACCAACAAAAUUGUCAAAUCCAGCUCUUUUAUGCUGUAAAUGUUUGCAAUUUGAGGACCACGCUUCCAAGUGUUCAUGCAGAGAUAUCUGGUGCAAAAUAUGAAUACUGGUCAUCUUUUUGUCCCCUUCCUGCUGAAGUGAUAUUGAAUGCAGGUCAGAAAGCAAAAGACGAAAACUCAAUGGGUAAGAGGCUGUCUGCUCUGUUUUGCCUGGAUAUCGAACGUGGUCUAAUGGAGCUUCGAAAGUUAGCAAUUGAGACACAAUUGUGGGAAGAAUCUCGUAGAUUGAUUGAUCCAGACUCCAAGUGGAAAACACAACUAGACAUUGAUUUUUAA